GCGCCCUGAUGCAACCAUCUAUGGAUACAGUCGUCUAUUUUCGCCGUCUCGACGGAAUAUAUAAAACAAGCUACGAAUGCAUUCUUGCACUCACUUGCUCGUUUGUCCGUUAAUCUUUUGUGCAUCUCCGUGGGGUAAGAAAAAUCUCGCGUUUCCCGCCGCAGUAAUUUUCGCGACUACACUAGUGUCCAAAAAGAAUUUUGAGGAGCCAAAAUGUGCGACGAAGAAGCUGCUGCCCUUGUUGUGGACAACGGAUCGGGGAUGUGCAAGGCAGGAUUCGCCGGUGACGACGCCCCACGUGCCGUAUUCCCAUCCAUUGUGGGCCGACCACGGCAUCAGGGUGUGAUGGUGGGUAUGGGUCAGAAGGACUCGUACGUGGGUGAUGAGGCGCAGAGCAAGCGCGGUAUCCUCACGCUCAAGUACCCCAUUGAGCACGGCAUCAUCACCAACUGGGACGACAUGGAGAAGAUCUGGCAUCACACCUUCUACAAUGAACUCCGUGUGGCGCCCGAGGAGCACCCGGUGCUGCUCACGGAGGCCCCCCUCAACCCAAAGGCCAAUCGCGAGAAGAUGACGCAGAUUAUGUUUGAAACCUUCAACUCCCCGGCCAUGUAUGUGGCCAUCCAGGCCGUGCUCUCCCUCUACGCUUCCGGUCGUACCACCGGUAUUGUCUUGGACUCUGGUGAUGGUGUCAGCCACACUGUACCCAUCUACGAAGGUUACGCCCUUCCCCAUGCCAUCCUCCGUCUCGAUCUGGCCGGUCGCGAUCUCACGGAUUACCUCAUGAAGAUCCUCACGGAGCGCGGCUACUCCUUCACCACCACGGCCGAAAGGGAAAUUGUGCGCGACAUCAAGGAGAAGCUGUGCUACGUUGCUCUGGACUUUGAGCAGGAAAUGGCCACUGCUGCCGCCUCCACCUCCCUCGAGAAGUCCUACGAGUUGCCCGAUGGUCAGGUCAUCACGAUCGGCAAUGAGCGCUUCCGUUGCCCCGAAGCCCUCUUCCAGCCAUCCUUCCUCGGCAUGGAAUCCUGCGGCAUCCACGAGACCGUCUACAACUCCAUCAUGAAGUGCGACGUGGACAUCCGCAAGGAUCUCUACGCCAACACAGUACUCUCCGGAGGCACCACCAUGUACCCAGGUAUCGCCGAUAGGAUGCAAAAGGAAAUCACAGCACUCGCUCCAUCAACCAUCAAGAUCAAGAUCAUUGCUCCACCAGAGAGGAAGUACUCCGUCUGGAUUGGUGGCUCCAUCCUGGCUUCCUUGUCCACCUUCCAGCAGAUGUGGAUCUCGAAGCAGGAAUACGACGAAUCCGGCCCAGGAAUCGUUCACCGCAAAUGCUUCUAAAGGAUAAACUUCUCAUGUUAAUUGCACAAAAGACUCGAUCUCCCAGUAUUAAGGAUGUGAGACAAUACGAAUGCAAACGCAAUGAAUUACAGAAUUCUCUAAAUCA